UUUCUUAGCUCUUUUAAAAGUUUGAGUCGGUCCGAAAGCUCUCUCUUUUAAGAUUCUCAGAAUAAAUUUCAUCAAAAGUAAAAAUAAAAUGGGCAUCAAAGACCAGGCAUAGGCAAAAGUAAGUUAGCUUCUUGAAUUUUAACGAACUUGACUCUAAAGGGUACUAAAAAAAGGUGGAAAGCCAAACUUCUAAACAAUUUUGAGAUAAGUAAAUUUGAGACCUACAAAAGUAAAAAGUGACAGGGCCCCUAAUUUCUCACAUGAACCCCUUUAAAAAGCCUCUUUCUCUCCACCCCAACAUACACCACUUCAUGGCUCACCACUUAUCAAACUUUUCUGGCGGAGCAAUUGUCAAUUUCCUGCCACCUAAUGCCAAAUUCCGGCCACCCGAAGAGAUGCUCCAUGAAAAUUCUGGAGAAAAUCAUGUCGGGAUCCGACCAGAUACUGGCAACUUAGCAGGAGUCCCUCUCCUCCUUCGAUCUUGCUAUGCUCGAUCGCAAUCAUUCCAUGAUGACGAGCUCUACAACUUUCGAAUGAGCCUAAGAUGGUGGGCUUUAGACCAAUCCUCAAAACCAACUAAACUCAUUUCAUGGCUCACUUUCUGUGUCUUUACAUUAGUUGUACCAAUAACAAGCUUGGUCUUGGUUCGAGCCCCAUCUCGAGCCAUAGCCAUAGAGAAAUGGGUCCAGCUGCCUGAGUCUGGGCUCGCUGCUAUAGCAUUUUUUAGCCUUUCUAGAUCAGUAAGAAAACAUGGUUUAAGAAAGAUUCUCUUCCUAGACCAGCUAGCUGAGGAUACACAUGAAAUUCGACGAAAUUACUCUAGCGAACUCGAAAGGGCUUUCAAGGGAUUGGCUUUCAUGUUGUUACCUUCUUUUUCAGUUGAACUUGCUCAUAAGGUGGUGUUUUUUUCAUGCACAGAUGUUGGUAUUUUGAAAGGUGGUUUCGCGGCUAAGUGGGUGGUUUUUGGAUUCGUUUUGGCUUCUUGGAUUUACAGAACAGGGGUUUAUUUGCUAGUUUGUGUUCUUUUUAGCCUCACUUGUGAGCUGCAAAUAUUGAGGUUACAAGGUCUGAGGAAAAAGUUAGAGGAUGGUGGGUCUGAAUCAGAGGUUGGGGUUAUUUUUAGAGAGCAUGUUAGAAUAAGGAGGCAGCUCUCUGUUAUGAGUCACAGGUGUAGGGGGUUUAUAUUGGGGAGCUUGGGGACCAUAACUGUGAGCCAAUUGGGGGCCCUGAUAAUGGUGUUCUCAUCCAAGUUUCAAAAGGAUUUCUUCAACUCUGGUGAUCUUUUGGUCUGCUCGGCUGUCCAGCUUUGUGGGGUAUUUUUGUGUCUGUUGGGGGCAGCAAAGAUCACGCACCGGGCGCAAGGUAUAGUGUCGAUCGCGACCAGGUGGCAUGCAUCAAUGACAUUGGAACCAAAAACCAAACGGUCUUAUUCAAAUUCCGGGGAACCAUCGGCCCCGCCAAUCAAUGGUGAGAAUUUUCUGGCUACGAACAAUUCAAGUGACCCGGAGUCACCAGAUGCUCUCUUCAUCUCACCAUCGCUACAUUCUUCUUUUGAGGUCAGGCAAGCCUUUGUUUCUUACUUGCAACAUAACAGUGGAGGUAUCACCUUGUUUGGUUUCACUUUGGAUCGAGGCCUGCUUCACACAAUCUUUGCCUUUGAGUUCUCUUUGGUGUUAUGGAUUUUGAGCAAAGUUGUGGUUAUUUCUUAGAGGAGAUGCACUACUCCAUUACUUCUCUCUCCUAGCAAUCUCCUAUACAAUGGUUGUAAACA